UAAUAAUAAAAAUAAUAAAUACGUAUAUAAAAUAGAAGUGGUUUGAUUUACACGAUAAAAAAAUAAUAAUAAGUUUUGUUAAAUCGAGUGGAUUUUCCUCACACUUUGUUUGAUGACAAUCAGCUGUUUAUCACUAUAAUCGUAGAUACCAAUGUUGGAUAAUCAGGAAGACUUGUGGAACUUGAUGGGAUGCACUCCGUCCAAUUCUAUGAUAAUUAGUCAAUACGAUGCUCUCGUAUGUAUUGCCCACGGGGGACAAACCUCCGCCCGUAGAAUCGACACAAAGUUGCAGUCGUUUGACGAGAGUUCAACAAAAUCAUGGGGAGAUGAUGCGGAACGGAUUGGCGACAGUUGGAGUACCGAACCAAGUAGCCGAUGGCAAUAAAACAAUAUCAAAUAAUAAAAAUAAUAGUAGUGUUAAAAAGAUAUCAACGAGCACGACUACGGGAAUCGCGAUACCUACAUCACCAACGACAAUGAUCACGACGACAUUAUCCUCGAUGAGGAUCGAGGAUGACACAAUCCGAGAUAAUGGCCGAUACCAUCAAAGUGAAAUAAGUAAUGAUAUUAGUCCGAAGCAUAAUGGGAAUGGUACAACGACCAGAAAGUCAACGCUUCAUACUUCCAGAGUUACCAAAGACGAUAGUCUUCAUAGUAUUAAUAGUGAAACUAGUACUGUUGGAAGUGACCGGAAGUCCAAAAUUACUAAUGGUGGCAAGCACGCAAGUCUCAAAAGAGUUUCUUUUGGAUCGAGUAAAGGCUCGAUGGUCGAAACGUUAGUUUACGAAACUCCAGUCCAAGAAGAACCAGAGCUUAAUAAUUUUAUUGAACAUAACAGUCGGGUUUCGAUUGGUCCAGUUCCAGAUACUGAUGAAGGCAGGGAAAAAGUACGUGUUGCAUUUUUGGGUCCGCAACCUCAUCCUGCAACGCCUGGUGUCCUUCUCCUCGAGCCCUUUAUACCUACGACAGGUAACUUUUCAGAAAUAAUGUCCUCCGGCACUGCGGAACUCCUUACCACUCAUACAGAGCAUACGUCUCCAGCGUAUCAUGCUCAAAUCAGUACGGAUAGUGGGUGGGACAACCCAUUUAGGCCAGACGGAGAUCUAUCCCGAGAAGCCGACGAGAUAGUAGAACUAAUAAAAGGCGGAAAACCUAUAACCCCAACACCAGGACAAACUGCACCCCCAUUACCAGGAUGUGAUGGCAAAACAAUCGACGAUCACGACUCAAGUACUAGUCCAUUGCUGAACACAUCAACAUUCGAACGGACGAAUCAAGGGAAUGGAAACCUCCAUGGCAACGUGAAUUCCAGCGUCAAUAAGCAGCCCGUUAGCGAGAAGGUGACUCAACGUCAUUUCCAUUAUCCACUAACGAACAGCCGUGCGAAAUAAACUUGGUUGUUUAAACUCUCCUUUCCAACCUUGAGAAAAAGGUCGGCUCAACAACGAGCACGGCGACCGUGGAGGUCAGCAGAGUAACAGCACAGGGUCCUGGGGAUGCGUCUCAAGUCGAGCACGUGACUCUCAAGAAAAAGCCUAAGUGCAAAUGCUGCGUUCUUCAGUAACGUAGUUUAAUAAUAAUAAAAAUAAUAAAUAAUGAACAUUAAAUGAUAAUGAUAAAUUAUACAAUAACAUUAUUUAUUAAUGCUGUUUUGUAUGAAUCUAUUUAUUUAGUUCAUACAACUUCACUGAAACGCGAUUUAAUGAGCGACUAAAAAUUUUAGUCAGUUAGUCAGUCAGUCAAUUCUUUUUAUGCAAACUGAGACUGUGACAAGUCUCUUUAGUUAAAUUGUUUUUAAAUAUUAUUAUAUUACUUUUUUCACGCUAACAUGAUAUGGGUUGAUAAUUCAAUACUAAAGAAAUUAAUUUUACCGACGAUAUUAAGAUUUGAAAUAAAGAACAUAGUGGUAAGGAUAAUACAAAUGAAUGAUUAUAAAUUAUAACUAAGAGAGAAAAAAAUAAAAUGUGCAUCUGCGCUAUUUUAAACGAUAAGUUAUUUAAUAAAUGAUGAUGGUAAAAUACAACGGAUUAAAAUAUUAUUAAAAUUAAAAUAACAAAAAAAUUAUAUAUUUAAAAAUCUAUUAAUUAAUUAUAUAAAAACGGGACUUUACUUAUUUUCAGUCAUUAUAAAUAGAAAAAUGAAGAUAUUCACUAUUUUCUUUUCAUGUUCUACUUUUGGAUGAGUUAAAGAUAAAAAAUGGUUCGACUUGUCAACAUUGAUAUAUUUUUUUCUAUGUUGUGCAUCGAAAGUAGAAUAAAAGAACUGACAAGUUGAUGCACUAUCUUCAAAUUGUUGAUCUAAAUUAAAAAUUUCAAUUUUAGGACUUUUCAAAUUCAAAAAUGUUGAUGGAAAUUAAUUUUUUUGAAAUCGAAUUUAUUUUCAUCAUUAAUCUAUCGGAGAGCUAAACAAAAUGAACUAAAGAAACGAGAAUAAGUGAAUUUUUUUAUUCUUCAUGGCUGAAAUGGGUAAAACCCCGCUUCUAUAUAAUUAUCGAAAAUCUAUUGUAGAUAAAAAAUGGUAGUUAAUGAAUAGCUUGUAUGCUUUUAUCAUCGUUAGGGUUACAAUUUUGAUUUCAAUCGAAAUUGCAGAGAAUAUUAUAACGAUAAUUGAUAUCUGUAAUGAAUUCAGAGCUAAAAUUUUAUUACACACACGACACUUUAGUUCUGGUGAAUUUUAAAAAAAGUUAAUGAAUAAAAAAAAUUAAAAAUUCAGUUAAAUGUGUGUGUGCCUUGUUCGAUUUGCCCGAGAUAUUUCUCAAGACUGGAGCAAAAAUAUAAAAAAAAAAACUCAACAAAAUUACGCAGAAUAACUUACAGCUGUAAGGUCCACGAGUAAAGAUUCAGGAUUUUCAGAGGAAAAAAAAAGUAAAUUGUAAAUAUAGUAGAUUUAAUUAAUUAAUU